CCGGCGGCCGAGACGCGGCACCAGCGGCGCACAGACGCGCACAUGUCCCGACAACGCCAUGGCGGCGGACCGGCUAUGCCAGGAUACGAUGAGCAUCACGGACGUGGAGGAGUUCCUGAGAGACCCGCCGCCGGGUUUUUCGGUGGAGGCCCGCGGCACAGGCUGCUGCGUUGACGUGGACGCCGAGCGCUGCGUGGUGCUCAUAGACCACCUGGAGAGCCGCAGGGGGAAAGUCGUGUUCAAGACCUCCAUGGGGAGAAAGAUCAAAAUGCACGAUUUGUGCGAGUACACGCGCGUCAGGAGGAACCUGCUGUCUAAGAGAAUCUACCUGCUGGUGUCUCUCUGCGAGGACAGCUCCCUCGUGCCUGGCAAAAAGGCACCCGAACAACCGCAAAGACUGAAGCGCUACGUGGCGGCCAUCAACGGGAGCAACCCCUUCAUCAAGUGGCAACUGGAAAGAGGACUGGACAGGAGCAUCGCCUCUGUGGCCGGAGAGAGCUACAGGGUGGAUAUUGACUUCAGCGAGGCACUGGAGACGCUGGCAGAAGGACGCUGGAGAGACGCCUCUUUCACCCUGAAAUAUUACUCCGACGCCUUCUUUGACUUCCCACACUGGUUUGGCUUCAGCAAAAGGAAGUUCCAGCUGACGCUGACAUGAGCAGUCGGUGAGCGGAGGCCAAGGCGGUCCGCGCAUGAGCUCACCCACCUCACCCAAGGCGGUCCGCGCAUGAGCUCACCCACCUCACCCAAGGCGGUCCGCGCAUGAGCUCACCCACCUCACCCAAGGCGGUCCGCGCAUGAGCUCACCCACCUCACCCAAGUCUGCCCGGACGGGACGGCGACUAGAAGGAGCUCCCUUGACGUUAUGGUGCUGAUGACUGAGCUGGGCAAGCUGCCCGGAGCUGGAGGUGUGACCUGGGGGUGGACCAGGCCUAGAUGACGUCAUAGGAUCUACCUCACAACUUGGUUCGGAGCCAAAAACCUUUAUUUUACUUUUAUUUUCAGUACAAGGAAACACAGAAAAGGCAUUUUCAGGGCGUCUUGUCGACCUCUAACAAAUAAGGACGUUGUACUCGGAAUGUACUUUUAUUCGCUGAUUAUAUUUACCUAUAUUCACCUGUGGUUCGAGGGGCACGAGUCUGAACUGAUUGUGGGCUGAGAUACACGUGAGGUCAAAUGACAAUGAAUCGUGACUGAGUCGUUCAGGCAUUUGCCUGUCAUGUACUGGAAGUAUUGGAAAUAAAGGUGUUUACAGUGGCUAGUAUGUUUUCUGCUCAACACCUUCUUUUAAUUCACUAUUCUUUAACCCAGACCUCAGUAAAGGUUCGUCCAGCAUCAUUGAGAUUGGUACACAUGGGAUCUGUUCCACUGAAUAAUACCAUCCCAUCCUUGCGUUGUGUCAAAUGACUUGGUUUUGCAGCCAUGUUGUCGCCAGUGUCCUCAGCUGCCGUGGCUAACACUAUACAGCACGUGCAUGUGGCGAGGAUGCACUGCGUUAGCCACGUAAAGCUACAAAUUAAAUGGGAUUUCACUCCUAUUAAAAAGAUAUUCAGAAUAAAUAUAACAUAGAUGAAGAUACGCAUAGCGUGGGAAGGGAGGGGGUUGCAGCUCCCCCUAGUGGUGGGCGCAACCCCCAGGGGUGGCAGGUGGCUGUGUAACAUCUUAGACCCAACAAAAUGCCUAACUUUUCCAUCCAUCCAUUAUUUGAACCGUUUCUCCUGCUCUUUGGGUCGCUGGAGCCUAUUCCAGCAGUCACUAGGCGGCGAGACACCCUGGACAACACACACACACGCGC